UGACAAGUGAACCGCCAGUACGGUCUAUUGGAUAACCUGGACAAAUCGGGAAAGAGGCAGACAGUCUCGAAAGGAGUGCAUAAACUACAUGAUAUUUGAGAGAUCCACGUGUCACAUCGAGCCGCGCAACUGAGCCUGGAUGCCGACGUCAAGUAUAAGUACCUCCCACACCUCUCCACCACCCUUUCAUAGUGCGCCGUAAACGAACUCAUAACAACACUAUAACACCUCUCUCUUAUAAUCUACAAAUUCAAGUUUCACGGCAACGUGAUAUUCCGCAAAUCAUGUCAGACAAGAUCCGGACUGUAUCGCCCUCGACCGGCCACCUCAUCUUCGAACACGAUGGCACCACCGUUGAGCAAGCCCGGUUAGUGGCCGGCCGUGCCCGGGCGGCUUUCAAGACUUACCAGAAAACUUCCCUUGAUCAGCGCAAAUCCAUAGUCGUCAAGGCGUUGGACUAUGUUGCCACCCAGCAAGAAAGGCUCUCCCAAGAGCUAUCCCAACAGAUGGGCAGACCGAUCACUUUUGCCAACGUCGAAAUUGACACAAUGCGCAAGCGUGCUGAGUAUCUUCUCGAUAUCGCAUCUGAAGCGCUAGAGGACUUGCCUGGCCGUCAAGAAGAUGGAUUCCAGAGGUGGAUUAGUAAAGAGGCCGUUGGACCUGUCCUAAUCGUUUCGGCGUGGAAUUAUCCCUGGAUCAUCACAGUAAACACACUAAUCCCUGCCCUGCUGGCUGGCAACUCAGUGAUUCUAAAGCCCUCUCCACAAACACCGCUCGUGGCAGACGCCUUCCAAGAGGCCUUCAAUACAGCUGGUCUCCCACCUGACGUUCUCCAAGUUCUUCACUCUGGUAGCCUUGAGACGCUGAAACAGGUUGUUCGACUACCGGAAAUCAAGCAGAUUUCCUUCACGGGCUCUACGGUCGGUGGACUGGAGCUCCGGCAAGCAACGGCAAAUCGUAUCGUCCCCCUGAACCUUGAACUCGGCGGAAACGAUCCCGCCUAUGUGCGCGCCGACUCCGACUUGAAGUGGACAGCAUCAAAUAUCGUGGACGCCGCGGUGUUUAACUCUGGACAGAGCUGCUGCGCUGUGGAGAGGGUGUAUGUGCAUGCUGAUGUCCACGACGAGUUUGUGCGAGAGCUCCAACGUGAACUUAAGGGCUACAUACUUGGUGACCCCGCAGACAAGUCCACGACCGUGGGUCCCGUCAUUUCUCACGCAGCCGUCAAGGCCAUCCUGGCCCAAGUUGAGGAUGCUCUCCUAAAAGGAGCUGUCGAUGCUACUCCAACCAACACCUCAUUCAUGUCCCUGCCUCAGACGGGCAGCUACGUCGCACCCAAAAUCCUGGUCAACGUCACUCACGACAUGGAAGUCAUGAAGAAGGAGACAUUCGGUCCAAUUAUCCCAGUGAUGAAGGUCCAGAGUGAUGAAGAGGCUGUAGACCUCAUGAACGACAGUAACUACGGACUUACGGCGAGCGUCUGGACUCAAGACGUUGCACGCGGAAGGGAGCUUGGGAAUGAAGUGGAAGCUGGAACAGUUUUCGUUAACCGUGCCGACUGUCCUAACCCGGACCUUACUUGGAUUGGUUGGAAGGACUCGGGUCUCGGCAGCACGCUAGGACCGCGCGCAUUUGAUGCCUUUGUCAAUAUGAAGAGUCAUCACAUCAGAAACAUCCAAUGCUAGAUAGAAUAUUGUAGGAAC